CUCCACUCCAAGUCCCAAACCCACCUCCAGUAAUCCUAAAGAACGACUGGAGGACCUUUACUCUAAAGGGGCACUAAUCGGCAGUGGAGCGUUUGGGAAUGUGUAUGCCGGAAUCCGGAAGAAAGACGGAUUACCAGUUGCAAAUCAAAGAAGUCCUCAAAGACGAAGGGGAAGAGGUAGACAUACCUGCACUUGGGGGAAAGAUGCCCAAGGAGGUGGCCUUGAUGAUGCAGCUGAGCAUCCCACCAACCUGCCCCUACAUUGUGCAGUUUAUUGAGUGGUUUGAAGGUCCGGAAAGCUGCUCAAUAGUAAUGGAGAGACCUGAGCCGUGUCAGGAUCUUUAUCACUACAGCAUUGACUGUGGUGGCUCCCUGAGUGAGGAGGUGGCACAGCUGGUGCUGCUACAGCUGCUGCUGGCCCUCUUUCACUGUGAGGAUCGGGGCGUCCGGCACGGGGACAUCCAGGCUCAAAACCUCCUUAUUCAGACAUAAUCUCUGCAGGUUAAGCUGAUAGACUUUGGAUGUGGGAGUUUUCGGAAAGACAGCCCCGAUCCAAAAUACUGUGGUUAGUGAAAAAAGAUGUUAAUCUUUACAGAAAUAUCGC